GGAAUCGACUCACUGAACGCACUGAAUCAGCUGAGGAGCCUUGAAAAUGAUCACGAGGAUUGAGACCGAAAAUUUAUUCCGAAAAUUUAUUCCGCAGAUUGAGUCGGAAACUAAACGGCGGAUUUAUUCCCGAAGAUUGAGACCGAAAUUUUGUGCUAUAACAUGAACAUGAGUGAAGGUGAGAGGAGGAGCGAAGGAGGAGCGAAGGAGAACUCUGGCUCAGCGGGAACUCAGACAAUCUGCAGACACAACUCCAGAGAGAAUGGAUUUCACAAAGUCUGUUUGUAUCUGCAUCUGGUGCUUCAUCAUGUAUGUGGACUCCCCCUCUGUAGACUCUCAGAUCACUGUACCUGCUCGAGAGGGAAACACAGCGGUCCUGCCAUGUAAAUUACACGUCACUACUGCCCAAGCACUACACGUCUCAUGGAGUAUUGGUGAUGAGGUUGUGUUUGAGCGAUGCGGUGAGGAGACAUUUCAGCGAUCAGAAUAUGAAGAUCGUGUGGACGUUCCUGAGGAGGAACUGCUUAAAGGAAACUGUUCCCUGGUGUUCAAGAACAUCAGAAACACUGAUCAGGGAAUCUACACCUGUUCACUGAUGACAGGACACAGGAAGAGAUCUGCCAUGACCAACAAGGACUUCAUCCAGAGUGUUACACUCCUCCUAGAUCAAUAAAUUAAUAUUGGAGCUUUAACGUUUUAUCAUAUUUUGUACCUGCAACGCCAUUAAACUCUGAUUGUUCAAAACUAAACAGCAUUUUAUUUAUUCAUUUUAUUUCAUAUUUAAUUUCAAGUGUACAUUCGCUUCAUCUCAAUGAUGAUCAUGAAGUGGAAAUAACUGAAGAUAGAUAGAUAGAUACAUAGAUAUUGGGGAAAUGAUGAGUUAAGCAGAAAUGAUUUUAACAACUGUUACAACCCCAAUUAGUCUAGGGCUAUGUGGGGAAUAACACUUAUUUCAUUACUAAAAAAUCUCAGAUGUGUGUGUGUGUA